CAACCAGCUCGCGCAGUUCGGCAGCACCAACAGUAGCAGCCUCCUGACGCCAGGCUCGCCGGAGCCGCUCGCGCACGCGCCCGCGGGGAGCGGCAGCUCGCGGCUCGCCGCCCUCGGCUCCCAGGGAGGCGCGGCGACGCCGCCGGGCACCGGCGGGGUCACCCCGCCCCGCACGAGGCCGAAGGGCAAGGCGCGGGCCUCGGGGGCGCCG